CCUAACGUGCGCACCCCUCCAAACUUCCUACAGUUGGCUAGCGUGCGCACCUCCUCCAUUUUCCUCCUUCCCACCUGCAAAAAAAAGAAGACAUCCUCACCGAAACCCAACCCACCCCUCCCCUUCUCAAUAACAUGCGCCAUCUCCUCCUCGCAAUGGCCCCUUCUUCUUCCCAGAAAAAACCCACCACUGCAAAACCUGGUUCCGCAACCACCGCCAACGUCAACCAUCACCAUGCAAAUUCCCCAAAUUGCCCUUCCCUCUGUAGGCACUCUCCUUCCGCCACCCUUGACAUCCUUAUUUUCAUCAUUGUUCUCUUUUCUGGGGCCUUUCUUAUUAUCUCCUACUUUUCUUAUCUCUUCCAAGCGUUUUCCCUCCUCCUUCCGCCCUUUUCCGCCAUUGUUUCAGAGCUUUACUAUUAUAUAAUAUCUGAUGCGCAAUCGCAGUACUUAUUUUUCGGGUUAUUUUUGCUGUCUUUUGCUAUAUUUGUUUUGUUUUUCGAGAUCUGUUAUGGGUUCGGAUCGAAGAGAUGCGGGAAGAAUGGGUGUAAAGGAUUGAAGAAGGCCAUGGAGUUCGACUUGCAGUUACAGGGGGAGGAGUUGUUGCGAUCCGAGAAUAAGGCGGUUAAGGAUGUCAAUGAGUUGCCAUGGAAGGGUGAUUGUGAGGAUAAUCCGGAUUAUGAAUGCCUGCGUGCCGAGUUGAGGAAGAUGGCCCCGCCCAAUGGACGUGCAGUCUUGCUUUUCCGUGCAAAAUGUGGGUGCCCGGUCGCCAAACUGGAAGGAUGGGGACCUAAGCGUGGUCGGCGCCACAAGAAGACUCUUGCUCUUACUGGCGGAGGAGAUAAUCGCUAACUGUUAAUGAUGGCGGUUUCAAUUAGGCUUCAUUGAAGUGUUUCUUCUUUUGCUAUACUGUUUUUCGUUUUCGCUCCGAAGGACUUGUAAUUUUAUGAGAAACAAUUUUUUAGAAUCUCAAUGAUAGUCUUCUAAAGAAACUUAAUUAUGACCACUUUCUAGUGGAAGUUCCUUA